AGUUCCAAAUCGCCACUCAAGCGAGAGACAUUCGUUAAUUACAGACUCACGUAAACGCUCGAGGAAGUUGAACGUAAGAACGCACGGGUUUCCUAGUGGACGCGCAUUUUUUUUAUCCGUUGUGGAACCCUCAACUGUGCAAUUAGGGCAAUUUUCUUCGGACAUUUCACCCGGAUCGAUCGGGACAGUGGGUGAAGAGAGUUUGGUGACCUGGGAUUUUUUUUCGUUGUUGAUUGAAAAAGAACUUUUGUGUGCUGAGAGUAGGGAAGAUGGACUUUCUACCAAGUUACGCCAAUCAGUGGAAUAACUUGCAAUCACCUGGUCAUCAUCAUCCACAAUUUCCAGCUAUUAAUGUUAUGCCAUACCCACCCCAGACUCCCUCAGCAUGCUCAGCUGCAUCCAAUGGUGUAUCCAGUAUGUCGCCCAACCAGGAAUCUACCUCAUCCAGAUGUUCAAAUUCCGUGAGUCCAGGCAGUGACAUCAUGUCAACGGUGUACUCUGCACAGCAGCAACCUCCACAGCCAGGAUCACAUCAUAUGGACAUGGUGUCCAGAGCUACAAGCCUCCAGUACACACCAUAUCAUCCCGUGCCAUACGGUAGUCAAAAUUUCUACCCCAACACCUGGUUCCCGCAUCGGCAUCAGGAGACAACGACCAGUCUAUACCACCCACAUGGGAGUUUUGAUGCAGCGGCGGCGUUUGAGUUUGCCUGCCAUCAGAGUCAACUUGCAACAUCGCGACGCUGCGCCAAGUGCGACUGUCCAAAUUGCUACAAAGAACAAAUGGGUCAACCACCGCUGGUGGGUCCGGAUGAGAAGACGGGCAAAAAGGUGCACCUGUGCCAUGUUCCCGGAUGUGGGAAGAUCUACGCCAAGACGAGCCACCUGAAGGCGCACCUGAGGUGGCACACGGGGGAGAAGCCAUUUGUAUGUACCUGGUGGGCGUGCAGUCGACGCUUCACGCGAUCCGAUGAGCUACAGCGCCACAUGAAAACCCACACGGGGGAGAAGAGGUUCACCUGUGAGGUGUGCUCCAAGAAAUUCAUGCGAAGUGACCAUCUGUCCAAGCACAUAAAAACGCACGAGAAGAAGCUACGGAGGGUGAUGUCGGCUUCCAAGAAGACCACCAUACGCAAGGGUGCCAAGUCCAAGGAGGAACCAACAGUGGAUCCCAUUCAGGACAUCCCGCCGCAGGUGAAAGUCGAAACAACUCCACCGGACAUUCCGGCAGUGUAUCAGGAUCCGGUUCUCAGCUACCAUUCCCACCAUCAGAGUACCUCAGGAUUUCCCCCCAGUCAUGCUGGUAAUUCCUUCUCAGUUCCACCCCCACCCACUACUACCCAGAAUGUCCCAGCAAGUGAGGAUUUCCCAAUGGCGUGUCAGUUCUACGGACUGAGAUUUGCCUUUGACAAACCCCAACACAUUCACUCACAUUCAUACCAUCAAGCACCACCAGCCACCUAUGGCAAUUUCCCCGACUACCCCACGUACAAAACCUACUAGAAGAUCCCCUUCAGACAGGAGAUCAGUUACUCCAAGAAGCCAUUGUUCUUGGAGUCCCCGUGCCAAUCCCUGUGUAAUGUGAAUAAUAAAAUCUGUGUAUAUGAGAGCAUGAAGAGAGGAAAAGACGAAAUAUAUUUUAGUAGGAAAGCAAA